UCAGUUCCACUGUGUAAGGCGGAGCUGGGGUCCUUCGCUCUCUCUUUCCGCCGGACCCUCCAUCUUGAAAGCUAGCAGGGUUAAGCUGUCGACAUGACUAACACCAGGGGCAAGAGGAGGGGCACGAGGUACAUGUUCUCCAGGCCCUUCCGCAAACAUGGGCCUGUUCCACUGUCGACUUACAUGCGUAUCUACAGAAAAGGAGAUAUUGUUGACAUCAAGGGAACGGGUACUGUCCAAAAAGGAAUGCCCCACAAGUGCUACCAUGGCAAGACUGGCAGAAUUUACAAUGUGACACAGCAUGCUGUGGGCAUCAUUGUCAACAAACAGGUUAAGGGCAAGAUCCUGGCCAAGAGGAUCAACGUGCGCAUUGAGCACGUCAAGCACUCGAAGAGCAGGGACAGCUUCCUGCAGCGGGUGAAGGAGAACGAGAGGAGGAAGAUCGAGGCCAAGGCGAAGGGCACCUGGGUGGAGCUGAAGCGUCAGCCUGCUGCUCCCCGGAAGGCGCACUUCGUGACCACCAAAAAUAACGAGCCUCAGCUGCUGGAGCCCAUCCCCUACGAGUUCAUGGCAUAAAAUGUCCUGCACGGCCAAUAAAGACAUUUUCACAAAAGG